CUUUAGGGAGGCAGGAUCUUCGUGAAUGUCGCUACCCUGUUGGCAAAGAGUUGAGUCCGUCAAGUCCGAGUUCUGAAGUUCGAGAAAAGAGUUUAGCUUGCUGGCUACCUAGUUAGUUAAGGGGAAGAGUGUGAGCAAUAACUGAGAUCGAAAGCACGCAGGUGCUGGGCUAAACCACUAGGGGGGUGAUGUCUGGAAGCAGCGACAUCACCAACGGUAAUAGUUCCGGAGGCAGCUGGUCCGUCCUCCCGUCCGAGGAGCCUGCUGUUGGAAAUGUUGACCCCGGAGCUGGGGGGAGUGAAAGUUUGACAGACAUACCCAGCUUGGCACUGGGAGAAAGAGGUAAGGAGACAGAGCCGCUGACAGCUGACAGUGCCGCAGAAAUGGAGGGAGUUCACUCCGAGCAGGGCCUGCAGUUUCAAGAACCUGCUGUUGAAAAUAUUGGCCCAGAAGCAGAAGUGAACGCAGGCCUCACAGAUAUGCCUAGCUCAGCACAGGAAGUGACAGAGGCUGUCACUGAAGUGGAGACAGGGGGCAGUACAGAGCAGACUGGGGACAUCCGCUCAGAGGAGGGUCUGCAGAUUUGCCAAGAAACCGCGCCUGAGAGCAGUGAAAGCUCCGCCCCUCCCAGCCCCACCCUUUUGGGCCCCACCCCCUCCAGCCAUGUCUCCCUUGGCUGCAACCUUGAGGGCAGCAGCUCCGUUAACCAUGAACCCGAAACGUUCUCCGACACGUACACCCACGUGAGCUCCUCUCCCGAGGAGAGCCACAUACCCAUCAGCCAUUACCCAGAGUCCGAUUCACCAGGAAGGGACGGCGUUCAGCAGGAAGAGGAGGGGUCUGAGCUGGCCAAAAAAGUGGCCGAAGUGGGGAAACAAGCAGUGAAAUUGGUGGAUCAGCUGGUCAAGGACAUGUUCCAUGUCUGGGAAAGGAAGCUGACGAGACGAGGAAUCUCUGAUUUGCCCUACGACUCUGAGUUAGGGGCGGAGCAAGGCCCCGAGGGGGAGGGGCUGAGGAAGAGAAAAGUGUUCCCAGUCGGACCCUUGGACCAGCCGGGGAGGGAGGGUGGUGAGGUGGACGAAGACCAACCGCUUAGGCCCAGAGAGGGUGAUGAGUACGGAAGCGGCUUCACUCUAAACAGGUGCAUUUUGGGAGCUCUGCUUUUGCUUGGCAUUGGCACCAUUUUGUUUUCAGGUGUCUUCACUGACCUGGAUGAUGCAGAGGAUGUUCAUGUGAGAGAGCUGAAUGACCAGGAGCUGCCAGGAAGUCAGGCGUUUCAGAACGCAGACGCUGACCCCCAGGGAGUUCAGGAAAUUGCAGAGGUUCUGGAUAAACUUGCUAAAGAGAACCAGCAGAUCAGUGAACUACAGGCACAGCUACAGUCUCAGAAAGAGGAGCUCGACCUGGCCCUGCAGCACGCAGAGGUGAACGGGAGAGAGAGGGUCCAGAAUGGAGAGCUGGAGAAAGAGAACGAGAGGAUGAAAGAGGAGCUGUCGUCUCUGCCUGCCCUCCAGAGCGAGCUGGAGUCCUUGAGGGCCAGAGUGACUGAGCUUACCUUGCUCACAGCCAAGGAAGAGUCUCAGGAACCCCCACUCUCCGCCUCCACAUCGCCCCCAUCUGACCAAAACCAGAGUGACGCCCCGACCCCUGUGGUGGAGGAGACGGUGGGAGCAGCGGAGGAGAAGAGCCCCGUGGGGAGUCUAGAGGAGGAGCUGGAGCGGCAAAAAGUGCUGCUGGAGGGCAGCAGGAAGAGGCUGGAGGGGAUGAAGAUGGAGGGAGGUGGGAAGAAAGGGGUGAGGGAGGGGCUUGUGGAGAUGGAGAGGAGGCUGACCGAGGAGGUGGAAAAGCUGGGGAGGAGGGGAGGAGAGAAGAGGAAGAGACCUUGGGAAGGGAGGAGUGAGAGACGGGAGCAGAGGAAAGAGUUGAGGGGAGAGAAGGAGGCUAAAAAAUGGAGAAAUGGCGGCAAAGACGAAGGCAGGGACUGGAAGGAAAAAGAACUGAGAAAGGAGUGGAGAGGAGAGAAAGAAUGGAAAGAAGGGGGGGACAGAGGCAGAGAAUCUGGUAAAGUUUGGAAGAAGAGGGAGGAGAGAAAAGAGUGGAGGGCAGAAAAGGAAUGGAAAAAGGGGAGGAAUGGUGGAAGAAAAGAAGGAAAGGAAUGGAAGGAGAGAAAGGAAGGAGCAGGUGAGAAACUGUGGAAAGCAGGCAGAGAUGGAGAUAGAGACCAGGGUGAUGGAAAGGACUGGAAACAGAGGGAAGAGGAGAAGGAGAAAGGCUGGUACAAAAACUGGGAGAGGAAAAGAGAUGGCUGGAAGGAGGAUAGAAAAAAUGGAGAUGGGAAAAAAUAUCAUAGAGAUCAUUUUCACAAGAAUGAGGACAGGAAUGGGAAAGAAGGCAUGGGUGAGCAAAAAGAGAAGGCCAAGAAGGACAGACACUGGCAGGGUACACCAGACAAGACACCCCUGAGUGCAUCACACAGACACCACGAACACAACGACUAUUGGAAGCGGAAGAAAGAGAAACUCCAGCACUUCUAUCGCCCCCUAGUGCAGUGUAACGGUAUGGCAGAGUGUGCCAAAGCUGAAGGACUAGCUCCUGUCACGCUCACUGAUUUUGAGGCUCUCCUAGGGGGUUACCUGAGCAAGAUUGAGGAGGCUGGCCGUGAUGGUGGGGAAGAAAUCAGCAAGCUAGUCAAGGAUUUUUUUGUGGAUGGGGUUUUCACCCAUGACAAAAUUUCCUUCAGGGAUUUUGUGGAAGAUGUAGCUGACAUUCUGGAGGAUAUGGUGGAGGGUGAGGGAGAAGACGAUGAUGAGGUGGAGGAUGAGAUGGAGGAGUUUGAGAAGGAGGCGUUGAGGAAGUUUUCAGUGACAGAGGGAGAGGCGGAGGACCAGAGAGGUGAGAGGAAGAGAGGGAAUGUUGAAGUGAGAGGGUGAAGGGGUGGACUUAUAGAAACGGUUGAAGAAAAAUGAAUGAGGGUACGAGAAGGGGGUGGAGGGAGAGUUGGCACAGAUGAUGCCCAGGAGGUCUGCAUUUAGAGGAAAAUUGCUUAAAAUGUUAAGAUUAACAGCAGCUUAAUCUUUUAAUAAUUUUACUGCAAGGAUGGAUUAUAUUAAACCUAUAAAUCAUCUUCCUCAUACUACAGAUGUUCAGCUUGUACAACAUUACAUUUCUGCAGACACGCUUAUUAAUAGCACAUUACUCCGAUUACAUUUUUAUGCACAAUACAUUUAUACAGCUGAAUUCAGGUUAAGUCAUUUGCCCAGAGGUACAGUAGUAGCACCCUGCGCCGUCAAUCAAACCUACAACCUUUGAGUUACAGCCCCCAGUUCCCUAAGCAUUAUCCUGUAUUACCGCCUACCAGUAGGUGUAACUACUUGUAGUCUAAAGGAGAUUUUCUCCUAUGUCACGGGCAGGUCAUGUGUUAUUUACUCUACUCCAUGUGGACAAGCCACCGACAAAGGUGCUUUGCUACAGAGCCUGAAGCUGGGGCUUCUGAGCAUAGAGGCUUGUCUGCCACCAUGUAGUCCACAACCAGUCCCAACCGUGUGGGGACUCCUCGUGUUUCAGCUAGUAGUGCAGCGCUCAGCCAGUCAAGUAUAGAGCUGAACAUAUUCUUCUGGAACCAUCCGUGGCAAACCUCCAUCCACACUGCCCCUCCAUCUCUCUCCAAAUGGGCAUAAGUCCAUUUAAAACAUAAUUAAAGCUCUGUUUACUGUAGUUCCAUGCGUUUAAAAUUAGUGUUUCAAUACUGUCUUUUUGUACUACUUUGCAACUUAUUCAAGCUAUUUAACUGUUUGAAUGUAACAGAUCUUGUGUAUUUUCCUAUAUCUGUAGGCUAUGGUUUACUUUUGAUGACUAUUACAUAUUAGGCUAAAGCUUUAAUAGGCUGUGGUAGGCUUAAUAGGGUAGCACGUCUUUAGGAAUGCCGGGAACCUGAUUCUGCCUGUGAAUUGGAAGGGUUAGGCUGGAUUACGGCAGGUAAAACGUCAUUCUCUGUGAGAUGGGCUGAGAACCUUAAUAUUGCUCUCAUAUCGCCAGGGGCACUUCCAGCACGUGCUCAUUGGCCAGUCAGGCAAAAAUGAUUCUGCACUGGAGGUUAAAAUAAAAAUAAAAAAAUACAGAUCACACUUACCUGGUGUAUUCAGGAAAGUCUAAUAUUUUUGUGAAAUUGGAUUUAAAAGUUAAAUGUUUUGCAGAAAUCUAAAAUUUAAGUUAAUGAGGAUGUGUUUGGUCCUGUAUAUAGAUUGCUAACUGUAGUUUCACUUGCUCUGGUUUUGUAGGUUUUGAUUAUGGUUGUGUUUUUAUUUAUUAAGCAUUUUCAAAUGCUAUUUUGUUGAAGACUACUUUUUCAACUGGUAUUGUUUGAUUACUACAUAGUUACGAAUGUAGAUGUACUGUGGAGCAUUAUAAAGUGGGUAAUUAAAUGAAACAUAAACUUUUUUGCUUUUAUACGUACAUUGCUAAGGUAUUUUGAGGUAAUUUAGGUAAUAUUUAAAAAUUCCACAAAGUGAGGUACAUUUAAAAAAUAAUAUAUAACAUUCAGGCCUGCAUCAGUUACAUUUGUAAGUACUUGAAACACUUUGACAACAAACCUGCUGAUCCCUGAGAAUUUCCAUUGAAACCUAUUGCUAACCAAAGUAUACAAUCAUAUUACAGGAGAAUUUUGUUCUGAAUUGUGAAAAUCAAUGUUGCUUUUAAGAUUGUCACUGACCUGAUAAUGUCAGACAAUGUUAAUAUUUCAAAUGUUUAUGGAACCCCAGUCUGAUAUCACUCCAUACAUAAGAUUGUGAUGUUUUUGUUUUUGGUUUUUGUUUUGGUAAAUGAGUAAAUGCACACUGUUUCUUCAGGGUUAAAGGGUCAUAUUUACUGUAGUCAUCGUAAGAGGUGUCUUGCUGUACAUGAACAGUGCAGAAAUUACGUGAGUUGCUAUGGUGUUGGAACUAGCGGAAUGUGCUAAUCUGAAUUCCUUGAGUAAUCGUAAAAUCAUGAAGCUAUAGAGUAUUUUCACGUCAAUAAGACAUUUGUGUGGAACUAAAACAGUCUGUGGAUAACGUUUUCUUCGAUGUAGAGUGUAAAUGUAGCGCAUACACCAGUUCAGAAGAGUACCGCCGUGUUCUACUGCGGAAAGUAUAGUUACACUGUUGUCAAAAACUCUAGUUGGAAGGAAAAUGUCAUAUAUAUUCUAUUCAUAUAUUCUAAAGCCCGUUUGUUUCAAGGAGACGAGGCAAGGAAUUUUCCUUCGUUUGGAAGCUCAACUAAUUGUAGGAUUUCCUUAGCUUUUUGCAAAAAUAUUUACGUGAAUAAAAAACUUGAAAAGCU